UCCUCGCACUUUCGUCGAUUGUCGAUUUUGAAAAUAAGAAAAAAAAAUCGUCACUUGAACUCUCUACCUUUUCUAAUCCUUUCCGUCCUCUCGUUCUCGGACUUCUUUAGCCCCGCGAUUGGCUGCCAAGAACCCUACCUGCUCCUGCUCUAUCCUUACUGGAUUGUUUGUUAGGUCUUGUGUUGUUUCCAAGAGAAUCGGAGGUUCCCGGAGAGAUGCCUAACUGGUUGCGGUAUUUGGGUUUCACUGCUAGUCUGCCAUUUGCAUUGGCUGCAAGCUGUUUGUCGAUGGUCUUCACCGUUCUUGGCUUGUUCUUGAUGUUCAUUGUGUGGACAUUUUCUUUCUGCACUUCCUGCUGUUGCCGAUAUGAAAAAAUGAGGGAGGUAGUGAAGACACUCAACUCGAUUCAUUUCUACAUUAUCGGCUGGUGCAGUUGUGAUCCAUCAUGGUCAUACGAAACAGUUACUGAAAAUCCUACAGACCUUGAAAAUCCUCAGCCUUCACCACGGGGCACAAGAAGCUUCACAUACGAAGAGUUGGCAAUCUCUACAAAUAACUUCUCUAUGGAUAAUGUGUUGGGUGAAGGAGGCUUUUCAUUAGUGUACAAAGGGACACUAACCGAUGGCACAAAAGUUGCGAUCAAGCGUUUGAAAGAUACUCACCGACAGCCAGAUCUUGAGUUCAUGAAAGAGGCAGAUAUAUUGAGUCUAGUGCACCAUAGGCAUCUUGUCUCGCUCAUUGGAUUUUACGUCUCGGAGCUAAUUUGCCUACUUGUUUGCGAAUAUGUUCCUAACAAAACAUUGGAGUUCCAUUUGCACGGCAGAAAUGGACCUACUUUGGCUUGGAAACACAGGUUCAGAAUUUCCUUGGACUCGGCAAAAGGCCUUGAAUAUUUGCAUGAACAUUGCAAUCCUCGGGUGAUUCAUCGCGAUAUUAAGGCUGCCAAUAUUCUACUGGAUGACCAGUUUAGAGCCAAGAUUGCAGAUUUUGGGAUUGCAAAGCAUUUUUCAGAUGAAAAAACCCACGUCUCAACGGUCGUAAAGGGAACUUAUGGUUACCUUGCUCCGGAGUAUGCUUCUACUGGACAACUUACUGAUAAAUCUGAUGUUUACUCUUACGGGGUGUUGCUCUUGGAGCUGAUCACUGGACGAAGGCCUCUUGGUUUGGCUGAUUGGGCAAGACCCUUGCUACAACAAGCAAUGGAAAAUGGUGUAUACGAUGCCCUUAUCGAUCCAUCCUUAGAGAAGAACUACAGUCCUGUUGAGGCGGGGACAAUGGUGGCCUGUGCCUCUGCUUGUUUGAACCGUGCUGCAGCUCUUCGUCCCAGCAUGAGUCAAAUUCGUAGGGAAUUGGAAGAAUACAUUUCAUUUGGAGAUCGGAAUACCGUUCAAUCUCCACCAGGAUCAUCGUCUGCUACCACUUUGCUACAAUCGUAGGUCCUCAACUCCUUCAACAGCAAAUCCUUAAAACUCCAUUUGGAGAGGCCAUUGAGAUUAUUACAACUUUUGUUAUUAUUUGUUCAAAGAUAUUGCCUAAACAAUAAAAAAAAAUGUGGUUCUAUAAUUUUUAGGCUAAUGCCUUAUUUGUUAUUAUUGUGCGAUGUAUUUUAUUGCAAACAAAUUUUACAAAAAAAUAUAUUAUUUAUUUAUUUUAUUUAA